AGAGCGUCGGAGAUCCUCUGGUAUGGUAAGCUUUAGAUGACUAUAGAAGCAGUUUUUAUCUGUCAUGGUGAAGUGUCAGCAGGUUGUUAAAAAAAGAAAAAGUGAGGAAGCUGCUCAGUCCUCACUCAGCCAACUGACAGGAAGGAAGGAACAACUACUACGCUGCGACUCAAACUUUUAUCUUCAAUUCCUCUUCAAAAGCUUUAACACCUUUUGUUAUCGUGGUUCUAUGGAAAUAUAAACUACAUGCUGACAAAAAGGGGGAACUAGAGCUCAGCAGCAUCACCCCCUCCCUCCCUCUUCUGCAGCACACAAUAUCCUCUUUUGGAGUUUUUCUGUUAUCUCUUUGGUUUUAGUGUGGGGCACACACACACAGACACACACACACACACACACACACACACACACACACACACACACACACACACACACACACACACACACACACACACUGGGGAUGAUUGUCUGGGCAGAUGGUGCUCAGUGUGUGGACUAGAAGCUGAGACAAGUGGAGAGGGACAGACUCCUUGUCCGUCAUGGGAUGCUGCAGUGUGACCCAGAGGCAUACUGGAGUGGACGAGGUGGGCCCCGAUGAGAUCGAGCUCCUGGAACUCUCUGGAGACAAUUUAGGGUUGUGGAGUCUGGGAGAGACGAGGCUUCAGCUGUCAGUGAGGAACAGCAGACAGGAGCAGCAGCCACCACCACUACCACCGCCACCACCUCCACCACUGCGCUACCCUUCAAUACGUCACCUGGAACAAGAGGUGGUGCUGUGGGGCAGAAGCAGAGACGAGCUGAACCACAGGAUUUACUCCCACCAGCCAAUCAGGGAGUGGGAGGGCCAACCUGCCCACAUGUAUGGAGAGAUCAUCCACUCCUCCCUGGUGUCGCUCUACAACAGCUACAAACAGGAAACCAGUGAGCACUUCCUGGUGUUGUUCUCUUUCCACCUGCUGAUCCUCUCCCUGGAUCACUCUCGGAAAGACUUCAUUUAUGAGGGCAUCCUUCCUCUUUCUGGACUUUCCUUGGAAGCCAUCUCCCUGGAUCCUGACACGUCACAUUCACCACACAUGUUUGAGAUCAGCAGUCCAAUGGUGGACUCCAAGGUCUUCAUAUGUGCCAGUGAUGCAGAGUUACAGAAGUGGAUGCAACACAUAGAAGACAGGAGAUACAAAUCAAUAGCACAACCCUUGACUCCCUCCCACUGCGCUCUCUCCUAUCUGUUACCCUGUGAUGAGCACUGGAAAAGAGAAGAACUGAAAAAGUACUUACUACAAGCUUCCAUAUGGCAGUGGGAGGGCUCGUCGAUACAGCACAUGGGUCAGCCGGGAUACAUAUCUGUCGUCCAUAUCGUCAAGGCACAGAUACAGGGCCACCAAGAAAGACUGAUGGUUCUCUUCCCUCAAGACGUGCUGCUACUGUCAGUUGACAACAAGCGUCUGAAUAUAAGAUAUGAGGGCAGGUUGUCCCGACACAGCAUCAAAGCAGUGGAGAGGUCAGCGCUGCCUGGACGGCUGGAGUUUGAGCUGAUAGGUGAGCUGGUGGAGCCCAUGCAGGUCUCUUGUACCUGUCUGGAGGAUUAUCGGAACUGGAUGUUUCAGUUACAACAGCCAGACAGAAACAGCCACGUUACUGUGAGUCACGCUGCUCCGCCACUCAUACCAAAGCUGCAGAGGGGCAGGAAGGAGUCGCAGGAACCGAUGAUAACGGCCGACCAACGUCACAUCAAUGGACGCAGCUGACUCAUCUGAAUGUGGAAAAGCUUGGCAGUGAUCAGAAAUCUGAAAUAACGUGUAGAUAGUAUGUACAUAAAUCACUUUUAUGACUAAUUGUGCCACAAAAUGUAGAUACAGCAGUAAAGAGGUUCUGAAGUACUUUUACUCCCUUGAGGGGACGAACAGAAAGAAGGUUAUGAGCCAGUUUAACAGCUGUAGAGAUGUUAGUGUUGAGGCUGUAGAGCGGUGAGGUUACUUAAGAAACUGUACUUGUUUAGCUUGGAAGCCUUUACCAUCAAAUACAAAUGUUUGACUUUUUCACAAUAAAUUGUUGAAUUUAA